GAAAGGAAAGUUAAGCAAAUCUCUCUCUUCUCUCUCUUCCUUCUCUAGUUAGUUCUGAAAUUGGGUUUUGGAGGCCAUGGAAAUAUUAUUAUUAGGUCUGGUGUUUUCAUCAAGCCUUUUGAUCAUCAUGUAUUGUUUUCACGCUUUAUGGUUAAGACCUCAAUGGGCUAGAUUGAAACUCAGGAGCCAGGGAAUCCGAGGCCCCACGCCUUCUUUUCUAUAUGGGAAUCUGCCUGAGAUGCAGAGAAUCCAAGCCUCCUCCGCCGCUGCGGCCAGGAAAUCUACCGGCGCCGCCAACCGCGCCGGUGAGUUUGUGGCUCAUGAUUAUACAUCCACCGUCUUCCCCUAUUUCGAGAUAUGGAGAAAACAAUAUGGGUCAAUAUACACUUACACAACAGGGAACAGACAGCACCUGUAUGUGAACAGGCCGGAGAUGUUGAAGGAAAUGAACCAGACAAUAACAUGGGACUUUGGUAAGCCAUCUUACUUGACUAAGAGGCUGGCACCCAUCCUUGGCCAAGGCAUCUUGAGGUCUAAUGGCCAUUCUUGGUCCCACCAGAGGAAGAUCAUUGCUCCUCAGUUCUUCAUGGACAAAGUUAAGGGCAUGGUGGGGCUGAUGGUGGAGUCGGGUGGUUCACUGAUCAGAGAGUGGGAGGCCUGCAUUCAAGCUCAGGGCGGUGUCACGGCAGAUAUCAUGGUCGACGAACACCUCAGAUCUCUCUCUGCCGACGUCAUCUUCAGAGCUUGCUUUGGCGGCAGCAGCUCUUCUUCAAACCGCAAACAAAUCUUCACCAAGCUUAGGCUUCUCCAGAAGGCCAUCUCCAGUCAAUCCUUCCUCUUCGGAAACAGAUUAUUAAUCCCUAGCAAGAGGCAGAAGGAGAUUAAGGAGUUGGAGAAGGAGAUUGAGUCUCUGAUAUGGGAGGUGAUCACGGAUAGAGAGAAAGAAUUAUGCAUGGCCGGCAGUAAUACUGCAUCCAAAUCGAAUUUACUCUUUUCCAUUAUGGAAGGAGCAGGAGCAGCCACUGAAGAAAAUUCAAGAAUCUCCAAGAAAUUCAUCAUCGACAACUUCAAGAACAUGUUUCUAGCAGGGCACGAAUCCACCGCAGUGGCCGCCUCCUGGUGCCUCAUGCUCCUGGCCCUUAAUCCCGACUGGCAAACACGUGUCCGUGAGGAAACAGCCCGUGUUUGCCCAGACGGGGUCAUAGACGCCAGCUCCCUCCCAAAGAUGAAAACGGUAACCAUGGUGAUCCAAGAGACUUUGAGGCUCUAUCCGCCCGCUGCUUUCGUGUCGCGAGAAGCACUGGAGGAGAUUCAGUUUGGGGCUGUGACCGUACCCAAGGGAGUGUGCGUGUGGACCCUGAUUCCUAUGCUGCAUAGGGACACCGAGGUAUGGGGCAGCGACGCAGGAGAGUUUAAGCCGGAGAGGUUUGCAAACGGCCUGGCCGCAGCAUGUAAGGUCCCGCAUGGUUACAUUCCCUUCGGGAUGGGACAGCGCUUGUGCCUUGGACAGAACUUUGCCAUGGUCCAGCUCAAGAUUGUGCUCUCACUUAUUAUUUCUAAAUUCUCCAUUGCCCUAUCCCCAAAAUACAUUCAUUCCCCCGCCUACAGAAUGAUUGUCGAGCCAGGAAAUGGUGUACAUAUCAUCCUACACAGAUGUUCCUAGAUCCGCUACCUCUCAACUAGUCAUUCCAUUUCUCUCUCUUUUUCUUUUUCUUUUUCUUUUUCUUCUUCUUCUUCUUCUUCUUCUUCUUCUUCUUCUAAUAUAUGUAUAAUUAAAUCUAUUUUAUUAGAUGAUGAUCAUCGGAUAAACCUUUACUUA